UACAAAAACACUGUACUGUCGACUACAUCACACGUCAGUGAGAACUGCUCUCCAUUUUACUUCUUUUUCUUGGGGAAAAUAGCAAAAACGUGAAACUACUGUACGAUGUCCCUAUUCAGUGGUAUGAAGCUUGCCUCUAGUGGCUCAAACAAACCCAAUCAGCAAACCGACUCAAUAUCAACAGAAACUGUAAGCAGUGCCGACUCUUUAAUAGUAGGAGCAGAAAACAAGAAUGACUCUUCAAAAGCUAGUGAUCCUAGUGGAUUUUCCUUCAUACUAGGAACAGAUAGUAGACAGAGUAAUACUGUUGAUGCGAUCUGUAGUUCUAGUGCCAUAGAACUAGAUGAAAGUAAAUCAGACGGCGACACACUUCAACAAUUGUGCAAAACACCUCAACUAGCCCGAUCAUCCGAGCCCUUGGCUGACUUUUGUCUUGAUGAUGAUUCGAACCUUGAGCUCGACCCCAUAAAGAUCGACGGACAUUUAAAAUCCAAGUCGUCCACUGCUUCGACAGUCUUUGAUUUGCAAGAUGUGGACUUCAGCUUGUCAGCUGUCCUUGAUUCAGAAUCGUCAAAGCAAAAAGACCAGGACUCAGUAGGUGAUAAGUCAGAAAGCAGUUUCAGUUUUAUAACGACAGGGCCAUUAGAACACUCAAAAGAUAGUAUCGCUCCAACAGAUCACCAGUCUUUAACCCAAAAGCUUUGUACACUGCAGAGUCCUGGUACAACGGAAAGACCUGAACCUGUUGAAAGCCAGUCACUGGACAGAGAGGAAGUUACCAGCACACCAAAAGCUACACGGUUAAGGAUUGACAGAGAGCUACAGAAACCACAUGAAGCACGGUUACAUCAAAUCAAGAAGUCCAUUGCAGAUGUGGAAGAACAAGUGACUCAACUCUCUCAAGACUGUGUCACAUUAAGUCAUAGUCUUUUACAGAAAUGCCAACAGUUGCAGGAACUGCAGGAGAAGAAACAGCAAGCAGUUGAUGAAGAAGACUAUGAAAAAGCCGAAGAACUUCAUGAUAAAUGUCAAGCCUUAGAGGGAGAUACUGAGAACCUCACCUCACCUCUUCCAUGCCACCACCCUGCCUUGAAGACUCUGCUGUCUGACUUACUAACUCUCUAUGCCCAGGAGAGAGAAGAACAUCAGGAUAUAAAAGAUCCUUAUCAAGAGCUAAUCACCAAGCAGCAAGAGGCUGUUACUGAGGCUAAAGAUCAGUGUGUACAAUGUGAGAACAUCCACUCUCGGAAAGUACAGGGGGCACGGAGCGAGCUGGAUAGAGAUUUGGCGCAUUUGCAGUUGGACAGUGAGCAUUUGCUGAAUCGAGAAGAACAGCUGUGUACCAGGAUUGAUGAAGGCACUGCUGGUCUGCGUCAGACAAGAGAUGCAUUGAUCAACGACAGAACUAAAGUGCAGGAAGAAAUCAAAGAACUUGAGGCUAAGCUGAGACUUCUUCACCUGAAGGAGACUGCCAUCACCGUAUCAAUCACAGACAACAACCAGGAGAUUGAGUUGGUGAAGAGAGAAUUCAGCCAAGAGAUGCAGGGUAUUGAGACAGAGAAGGAAGUACUGAAGGAGAAUGAGAUUGCACUGAGGAGGAGAGGAGAAAGGUUGGAGGAUGAAGAGAGAGAACAGGAUGAGAAGAUGCUGGGAGUGAAGGAGAUGGAGUCAAGUGAAACCAAGCUGCUGGCAGAUUUACAGAUAAAUCUUGCCCUGGAAGAGCUGGCCGUUCAAGAAUUGACAUCCUUGGAAUCAAAUUUACGCAAUAACCUCUGGCCAGAAGAAAGCUCUACAAUGUUGCCGGAAAGAAAGGAAGAUCUGAGCAAGAAGAAGGAAGCCGUUAGAGAGAAGAUGGAGGAGGUCCAGCAAGCCACAUCGAUGUUACUUCUGAGUCAGACUAAAGUAGUUACACUACGUCAGAGAGUGAGUGAUACAGAGGGUCAUAUUGCAGCCCUGAAUGAGACCAAACAACUCGCUGUAGCAGGAAAGAAUUUCUCAGAGGCAAGAAGGCUGACAGAAGAGAUCAAGAAGCUGACGUCGGAGGGGCAGCUCAUCCAAGAGGAGAUGGAGAAACUGACCCAGAGGAAUGAAGAGACGACCAAGAUGGUGAAGUUACUCAGGGAAGAUGUAGAGAGAAUACAGGAAGAACUCGAUCAAGAUGAGAGACAAGAAGAAACAUCAGUGAAAGAGAAGCUGCUGAACAGUAUUGUUGAUUUGAGAGAACACCUCCAAGUCUCCACAGACAGUCCACUGAUGCAGACCUUACAGAGGGCCCAACUAAUGGCAAGCGCUUAUCAUGUCAGGUUCCUGUGUCUGAAACAUAAACUCCCUCUCCCUGCUGAAGUAGAAGAACUCUCCGUACAUCCCUCUACGCUAGAUCAAUGUUUAGAACAGACGAAAAAUUAGAGGUCACAUUCACAUGGUAAGGAUAACUCCAAAGAACCGGCAGUGGCGGAUAAAGACAAGGAGGCGUUUGACCAGCUCAUCUCAGACUCUGGUGCAGACUCUGCUGGAUAUGAAGACGUCAAAUCUGAUGCAGUGAUUGUGUCGACGAGAUGGCUUCAAGACUGUAUCGCAAAACAGCGUCAUGCGAUGAAGAGAAAUAUAAAUUAUAAAAGUUUGAUCUUACCUAACAGAGACUUACUUGUACAAAAAUGACGGGGAAUUUUUCCUUGAUUCUCAUGGUUCAUUUUGGAUAAAUUUAUUUCUUUAACGGCAGUGGACACUAUUGUUUGGUAAUUACUCAAAAAUGUUAUUAGCAUAAAACUUUACUUGGU